UUCCUCUCAACAGCCUUCAGAAGAAAAGAAAAGAAGACGCACGCAAAUCAAAUUGUCACUUGCGAGCAGUAGAGCUGAAUGCGACGGGAGGAAGUGCCUCUGGCCAGCCCUGUUGCUGUUCCUUCAAGCUUGGGAAAACAGCCCCAAGAAGGCAGGGCACCCCGGAAGACUUGGCUGUUCUUCCAAACCACCGUGCAUCUGCUGCUCCAGUUUUGGUGACCGAGUGAUCAGACUAGAUCGCCUGCUUUUGAAACUAGCAUGCAUCAACAUCGAACCGCUAUGCCUCCCACUGGGUGGACUGUGAGACCGUGGCUUGUGUUUAUACUCCUUGCAACGGUACAUGCAGAGAAGAUGCUGGAUACAGGUUCAUGCCAGCCUCAUCCCUCCUGUCACGAGUGCAUCCGGUCCCAUCCCAGCUGUGCCUGGUGCAAGCAGCUGGAUUUUGUGCAAGCAGGUGAGUCAGACAUGGAGCGCUGUGCCCCUCGGGUGGAGCUGGAGCGUCGUGGUUGCCUCCCCAGUGAGAUAAUGGAUCCGCACAGUGAGCAGCGUGUGCUGGAGGACAGGCCUCUGAGCAACAGCACCCAGCGCCAGAGCUUCACUCAGCUCGCCCCGCAAAGAAUUGCUCUUCAGCUUCGGCCUGGAGACGAACAGAGGGUCACGGUGCGCUUCAGGCGGGCUGAAGGUUACCCCGUGGACCUGUACUAUCUCAUGGACCUGUCGUACUCCAUGAAGGACGACCUGGAGAACAUCAAGCGGCUGGGGAGCCACCUGCUAGCUGCCUUACGUGACGUUACCACUUCGGUGAAGAUUGGGUUUGGCUCCUUUGUCGACAAGACAGUGCUGCCCUAUGUGAGCACAGCGCCCUCCAAAUGGCAAAACCCCUGCCCUCACUUGGACGAGGCCUGUCAGUCGGCGUUCAGCUACCAGCACGUCCUGGCGCUCACAGACAACGCCAGCGAGUUCGAGAGCAGGGUCAGCCAGCAGCGCAUCUCUGGGAACCUGGACCCGGCCGAGGGGGGCUUUGAUGCCAUCAUGCAGGCCGUCAUUUGCAAGGAGCAGAUUGGCUGGCGUAAUGUGACAAAGCUCUUGGUCUUCACUUCGGAUGGCACAUUCCACAUGGCAGGAGAUGGGAAACUGGGUGGGGUCUACAUGCCCAACGAUGGCCGCUGCCACUUGGAUGCCAGAGGGCUAUAUACGAAAAGCCACCUAUACGACUACCCCUCAGUUGCGCACCUGGCCGAGGUGCUGUCUGAAUCUAACAUCCAGGCCAUAUUUGCCGUGACUGGGCCCAGGCUUUCUAUGUAUGAGGAACUGAGCAGACUCAUUCCCAAGUCCGUGGUUGGGGAACUGAGGGAGGAUUCCAGCAACGUGGUGCAGCUCAUCGCAGACGCCUACAGUAGCCUCUCAUCCACCGUGAACUUGGUGCACUCUUCAGAUCUUGCUCCUGGCAUUGCCAUUGCUUACGACUCGCACUGUGGCGACUCAGAAACUUCUGGGCACACGCAAGGUGGAGAAUGCAUUGGCGUACGCGUCAACCAGCAGGUGGAAUUCUCAGUACGGAUAAAGGCCAUCACCUGCCUGCCUGGUCCCCAGAAGGUGGUGCUUCGAGUUCUAGGAGUGGGUGAGGAGGUGCAUAUAGAAGUGGCGACGCUCUGCGACUGCCAGUGCGGAGAUACGCAGUCCUAUGCGCCUCACUGUUCUGGCGGCCGUGGCAACCUCACCUGCGGCAUCUGCAGCUGCCAGGAGGGCCAUGUCGGCCGGCUGUGUGAGUGCAAGCCAGAGGAGCUGGCGGACGCAGAGGCCACGUGCCGAGAUGUGAACGACACGGGCCCGGUGUGCAGCGGCAAGGGCCAGUGCGUGUGCGGGAAGUGCCAGUGCCAUGCCCAGGCGAGCGGACCCCUCUGCAAGUGUGAUGAUGCUGGCUGCGAAAGGCACAACGGGCAGCUCUGUGGAGGCAACGGGCAAUGCAGAUGUGGCAACUGUGAGUGCCAUCAGAACUAUACUGGCAGUGCGUGCCAGUGCAGCCUGGAGACCAGUGGAUGCACACAGGAGGGCGUUGUAUGCAGCGGUCACGGGCAGUGCGCCUGCAACAGAUGCCAUUGUGACGCUGGCUGGUUUGACAGUCACUGCAGCCGCUGUGCUGACUGCCAGACACCCUGUGAGGAGCACAGGAAUUGUGCGGAGUGCAGGGCCUUUGGAACUGGGCUGCUGCAGGAGACUUGUAGUGCAUCCUGCAACCAGACGGUGAAUGUGGUGCCAGCCUCCGUCACCAACGAAAGAUGGUGCCAGACCAAAGCAGAAGAUGGCAGCCUCCUCAUCUACCUCAUUGAGAGGGACAAGGAGGGCUCCAUCACCCUGACAGUGCAUGGCAAAGAAGGUAACACGACCAAGAAGACAUUCAGGCUGGUACUGAGCUCAGUGCUGGGCUUGGUGUUUUUUGGUCUCUUCCUCAUAAUAGUCUACCGCAUCGUCUUGGAGAUCUAUGACCGGAGGGAGUUCAAGCGUUUUGAAAAGGAGAGGAAGCAUGCCAAGUGGAAUGAGGUGAACAAUCCACUAUACCGGAGUGCCACUACCACAGUCAUCAAUCCCAAGUACAACGGUGACUGAGGAUUCGUGAAAGCCUCGAGCACUGUGCCAGCUGCUGGAUUUGGACUAUGGAGAAGCUGGGUUCGAAUCCUCACUCAAAAAACACAGGGAUGUCUUCAUCUCUUAGCUUGGUCUAUCUACCUCGCAGCAUAAUCCCAAGUAAUAAAAUUUUAACUUUUU